CAUCACGCCAAUCUAGUUUGACUGCAAGUCAACCAAUCAGAACCAAGAGGGAUGUGGCUAGAUGCUUAGGCUCCACCCCGCGCAAACUGGACUAUAAAUCGUCAUCAGCCCACGGGCCAACAGAGUACACCUGCUUAAAGGCAACAGGUGGGUCUUCAACGGGGAAGAUCGUUUUGGAUUUCAACGAAAAGGGAGCUUUAACAACGCUUCAGGGUUCCUGCCUGAAAAUGGAGUUAUUCAACAUCAAGUCUUCUGCUGCCCUCAUUUACGAUGAGUUCAUGCACAAUGCAGAUUCCCGGACAGAAAACUGGCUGCUGAUGUCAUCUCCUAUCCCCCAGACCAUCAUCAUCACCGCUUAUAUUUACUUUGUUACAUCACUGGGACCUCGGAUAAUGGAGAACCGCAAAGCCUUUGACCUGAAAGGAAUCCUCAUCGUGUACAACUUCAGCGUGGUGGCUCUCUCCCUCUACAUGAUCUACGAGUUUGUGAUGUCGGGAUGGGGAACCGGAUACUCAUUUCGCUGUGACCUGGUCGACUAUUCUGAUUCACCACAGGGCAUACGGAUGGCAGCAACGUGCUGGCUUUACUACAUGUCAAAGUUCAUUGAGAUGCUGGACACCAUCUUCUUCGUCCUGAGGAAGAAGAACAGCCAGGUGACAUUCCUUCACGUCUACCAUCACUCCAUCAUGCCCUUCACCUGGUGGUUCGGAGUUCGGUUUUCUGCAGGUGGAAUGGGAACUUUCCACGCCCUGCUUAACUGUGUCGUCCAUGUCACCAUGUAUACGUACUAUGGGCUGACCGCCCUGGGCCCCAACUACCAGAAGUACCUGUGGUGGAAGAAGUACCUCACCACCAUUCAGCUGAUCCAGUUCGUUAUGGUUUCCAGCCACAUCUCCCAGUACUUCUUCAUCAAGGACUGCCACUACCAGUUCCCGGUCUUCAUCUACAUCAUCGGCCUGUAUGGCCUGAUUUUCCUGUUCCUCUUCAUCAACUUCUGGUACCACGCCUACACCAAAGGCAAGAGGCUCCCUAAAGUCCUCCGUGCUCAGUCGUGGUCACACCACACCAACGGAGUCAUGAACGGAAACGCCGACCACGAGAAAUAUCAGUGACUUGAGCAUCUGGGCGUUUCAGGGUGGAGUCGACCCAAACUUGUUUUUGGACUAUUUAUCUUGGCUGCUUUUCUACAAAGACAAUCCUUGAAUUUGACCAAAGCUGAGGUUUAAUGACACCACUGAACCAAGCUGAAGGCUUUUAUAUAAAUACAAACUAAAAACCCAAGUUCUACUACAUGGAUGUCGCCAAAUAUUAACAUUUUCAGUUGAAGUUGGCUUCAAUAAGUUUCAAAUUCCUGUAAAAGCUAAUUAUGGGAGUUCACCUGUGGUGAGACUGCGUACUGGAUCUUCUCAUCCUAAAGCCGUUUUACCUGUUAAAACCAGAUCUUCUCAAGUCUUUGAGUGAUCCAGAUCAAAGUUAUAUAUUUUUUUAAGUUGUGCACUGAAAAGUGAAGAUUUAUUUCAUUUGGUCUGACAUGUUUGCAUUUUUAAAAGGGUAACGCUACAUUAGCCCUGUAACUAGUUGCGCAGAACAGUUUUUCUUUACUUUUGACACUGCAUAUACGCCCAUUACUCUACAGAAGCUGCUGAUGGUACAGACAUGGAGAGAAAAGCACAGCAGCACCAUUUUUCCAUCCCUGUUUUAAUGCUCCUAUGAAGCGGUGUGAUUAUUCAGAGUAAACCUGAUGGUUCUUGUAGGGUCCAGAACAGACUAUUUAAAAGCUAAAGUCUACUUUCCUACUGAGGCACGUUGUAAAGGAACAUCUUUAGGACACAGCAUGAACAUCUGAUUGUUUGGGUGUCUCACCUUGUCCUGUUGUUUCUGAGCAGCAAGCCCAUGAUGUGUCCGAGCAGUUGGGGUGAGUGGUUUUAUACCGAUGAUCUUAAACGUGAAUGAAACACUGGCGGUUGAGGACACGGGAUUGAGCGUUGUGUGGAAAGAGUUCCACCUUUUUAUGAAGCACAAAUCCACGGUAACUGUAGGUUUACAGAGGAGUAAAUGUUUUGUUUGUUCAGUUUGACAGCUCUUUACACCAGUGAAUAUUUAAAAGGUUUUUUUUGUGUUUUUAUAUGUAUUUAUAUAAAAUAAAUGAAUGUACUUAUAAAUGA